UCAAUCUAAAGCCGGCCUCUUUGCCACCUCCAGUGUCACAAAUCGGGUCCUUCCUGUGGCUCAUUCCACAGGGCUGAGCUCGCUCACCCCAUCUUCAGCAAAUCACCAAAUAUGCCGCAUUGCCCUGCCACCGCUUCUCGGACACGGAACGGCCGCAAUGGGUGGCUCCCAAGUGCCAUCAGCAAGCUGAUUCGUCAAGGUCUUGAUGGCAAUCUAUGCUAUGACGACGGAAAUCUGCCGGAGGCGGAAAUCGUGUAGCUGAGAAUGCCACCCGGAUAGUUACGCUGGGCUAUGCUACUGAAAAGUGCUCACUCAAAGCAACCAUUCUUUUGUCACCAAAGCAUUCGCGCGCGGAUGUGAUUUUCCCUGAUGCGUAACCCGCAAUGUCUCUGAUGGUCAUAUAUAAUCAACAUUUUUUACCAUGGCUCGCACCAGAUUUCCUAGCCCAAAGAAACCGGCUCCUCUUGCGCGACCACCACAAGAUAGAUACCAAUGGAUUUUAUCGACAUCGAGGCCAGAAACGCCAAUGCACACGCGUCCAGCAAAGCCGGAGCCAUGAUGACGAAAUACGACUUCACACCAGCGGAUGUCGACAACUUCAUCCAAUCGCUUCCACCGGAACUGACGGAACUGUGUGAAAUCCACGACUCCGCAGAUGAGAUUCUCAACCGAUUACGCGGAAUCAUGAGGCUUCUGUGCGCUGGCCUCACAAAGCGCAGCAGAGACGCCCUUGAGGUAUUCACCGUAUGCAGACAGAACCUCAGCCGCCUCAUUGGAGAAGUCAAAUCGCUUAUCGGACCUGGUCGCCUGCGGAGUUACCUGCACUACCAGAUGCUGCUCCAUCCUUACCGCCGAAUGCCGCUUGCCAGCUACAUGCUUAUCUUAAGCUGUUCGUCAUCGAAACUUCGACUCAACGAGAUGUUUCGGGUCGCGUCCGAGCGCUUCAUGGAGUGGCAAGAGAGGGUAAACGAUUCCGACACGAUACUAUUGGAUCCCGAACUUUUACCUGCGGAACUAUUCGAAGCUUCGUUAGUUCGUGCUACAGAACCCAGCGAGGCAGUAGAUGAAGCAUGCGUGGUUUGCGGUUCGCCCUUUGAAUUUCAACCUUGCGAAGCAGCAGGCUCGACGCCGGUAUCUCCCUGCUCCGCUAUGAGGACACCCUGCAACCAUCAUUUCUGCUACGAAUGUCUCCGACUCUGGCGUCUCGAGGCCAGCAAAGGCACAUAUAGAUGUCCGAUGUGCCGUUCAUGCCUCGUAUGCGGAAAACCUAACUGCACGUUCCACAUCGUAUCCGAGGAGCACGCAAGGCCAUAUCCAUUACAGGAGUUUCUCGAAGUCCACUUCGAAGGCGUAAAGUCACGACCGCCACCGUAUUACGGAUUUGACCCAAUCGCCUUGCGCCGUAUACGAGAGACAACUCGUCAUCUCCGGGUCGAGUACGGGUAUUACCAUUUGAGGAUUGAGGAUCCUACUAUUUCAGAGAAAGAGAAGGAACAUUGCGAAGAUCGGAUGGAUAAAGCGAUGAGGGAGAUAGUUAAGACGAUCAUCCACGUCUUGGAUCAAACUGGAGCUCCCACCGCUCGCCCGUCGUCACUACGUCGUUCUGAUGGAUGCAACCGGGCUGAAUGAGAGUCGCGUCGACUAGCUAGCGAGCAUGUUCGUCCGACGGUUAGAGAUCUUUGAGGGAUGAAAAGUUCUGUGAAAGUGAAAUGAGCAGUUUCGUGCCUCAUGGGUUGCGGUAUUUUCUUGGUCUUCACGCACG